CCCGACCCGGUGGCGCUGGUCAACAAGUCGCCGGAGCUGAUAGCGUACGCCAAGCGCGUGUUCGGCAACGUGGACCUGAUGACUGAUGACCAGUGGAGACAGUGUCAGGACCAGAUGAAGAUGAACGUGCUGCUGCAGGACAUUCAGAAGAAGAAGGCGGAGGCCGAGCGGCUCGAGCGCAAGGGCAAGGUCAAGUACGACUACGACUCGGACGAGGAGACCGAAGGUGGCACCUGGGAGCACAAACGGCGCCAGGCUGAGAUGACCGAGACACACGCCAAGGCCGAGGAGCUGACCCAGAUGAACGAGGGCAAGCACCACAUCGGCGACUUCCUGCCGCCCGACGAGCUGGAGCGCUUCAUGGAGAAAUGGCGCGCGCUGAAGGAGGACCGCGAGCCCGACAUGUCCGACUACCGCGAGUUCCGCAUCAAGGAGGACAACAUGGGCUUCCAGAUGCUGAAGAAGAUGGGCUGGACGGAGGUCGGCCUGGGCUCGGACGGCAGCGGUAUCACGGCACCCAUCAGCCAGAAGCGCACGCUCGACCCGGCCGGCGUCGGCGCCAGCUCCCAGGCCGACGUCAGCAAGGAGGACGACGAGUUCGAGGCCUAUCGCAAGCGCAUGAUGCUCGCCUACAAGUUCCGUCCCAACCCGCUCAACAACCCGCGGCGCGCGUACUACUGAGGGCGUGCGACCAAUGCCCGGACAUGCUGGGCGGGACAACGAGGGCGGUGGCGCGCCGGCACCACGGGGCGACGCUCGCCGAGGGCCUUGGUACCGAUUCAGAUGGACCACCACAGCCGCCGGGGAAGGCGGUUGGAGGCGUCGAAACGUGGAACGGCAACCCGGCGGUACGGGGCGACGCCGAACGGGUGUCAGCGAGUCAUUUCCGCGUGUGCUGGUCAGGACGUUCGCGCCCGAUCCACUUUUAGCGCAUCGGAACGCCGCCGUGUGGAUUAAUGGCGCGGUGUGUUGGGCACGUGAGUGUGUAAUCGGGCGAUGACACCCGCCAGACGGACGAUCGCCAACUGACAGCCGCCUCCCCAAAUGGGACGCAGCAGCGUUGCCGUCUUAGUGCAGGACGGGUUCGCCGCCACGAUGCCGGCUGUAUUUUGCGCAUCGGAACCUUUCGCGUGUCAUUCAGACCGAAAGACGGCGUAAGCUGUCACAUCUGUAGCACCGCGCGCGCCCUGUGGCAAUACACUGGCGUGGGUCACCGGCGGCGUCUCUCAGCUUGGCUUGGUCAGGUGAUAAAGGUCGUAUUCUUCCCGAGAGAUGUCGCUGGGCGCGUCAGCCAUCAGGUCCCGCCCGUCGGACGUCUUCGGAAAGGCUAUGACGUCACGAAUUGAUUGCGCGCCGCACACCAGCGCCACCAAGCGAUC